UGCAUUUAGAACACAGGAAUGGCCAGUCUGGUGCUUAAGCCACACACAGCGUGGGAAGAGACAAUUCUGGUGAUUGGCUGUAGGAUGGGGGAAGAAUACAACUAUCACCGACACAAUCACCGGACACUAAUGGGACCAUAUGGAAUGGAUCGAACUGUGCAUUGUAUUGAUUUCUGUGACUGUGCAAAUGGGCUGGGUAUUAAGGUAAUUGGUGGCAUAAAGGAGCUCACAGGAGAAGAAUAUGGAGUUUAUGUAAAGAGGAUCCUACCAGGGGGUGUCGCUUAUGUUGAUGGACGCCUGCAACCAGGGGACCAGAUCCUGGAGGUCAAUGGCGAGUCUCUGAUUGGGGUUACCAGUGAGAGAGCUGUGGAUAUCCUCAGAACAGCCUCCGCCACCAGCCAUAUGCGCCUUCUCAUAGCCCGGGAUGAUGAUGCCAGGAGAGAAUUCUCUGAGCUGCUGGAAAAGUUUGGACCUCAGAGCAACACAGGAUCAUCCCGGAGUUCUCCAAUUCUCCAUGGUGGCAGUAGGUAUUUGGAAAGUACAUCCUCAGGGUCUUCAUCACGAUCCCAGAGUCCUCUACUUCUGAGCCCUGCAAAUUCCCAUGGGCCGUUCAUCGGAAACUCGACACAUUCCCCACACUCCAGCUCACACUUCUCCAGUGAAUCAGCAAUUCAGACCAUUUCCAUAGCAAAAUCCUCUGGCUUGGGGUUGACAAUCAGUGGUGGAUCUAAUAAGCCAGAUGGUCCCAUGGUGUAUGUUCAAGAGCUUAUGCCGGAGGGUGACUGUUACAGGGAUGGGCGGCUCCGUCCAGGUGAUCAGCUAGUAGCUAUCAAUAAAGACUCUUUGGUGGGCAGCACAUAUGAAGAGGCCAGAAAAAUAAUUGCAAAAGCCAAAUUCAGACAUGAGGGAAACACAGAAGUGGCCUUUAUUCCUGGAAGGGGAUGGUUACAUCCUGGACUCUCGACUCCCAACAGCAUCCACUCAUCACCUCCAAAAGCAAUGGGGAAUGGUCUGGGCUCCUGCAGACUGAAGGUCCGCGUGAGGUCCCCUGAGAACAGACAUGAAACCUCCUUUCCUGUGCCUUCUCCAUCACCAGAUAUCUGCCCACCAGAACUCACUGUAUCUGCACCUUCUUCAUCUUCUAGUCAGAGGGCAGCUUCAGGGAACAAACCAAAAGUAGCACUGGAUCCCCAUAUUCGUCUCAAAGAUGGAAAACUUGAACUAGUUUUGCAGUAUCUGGGUCUGAAUGUGACUGAGGAGAAGAGGAGGCAAUUACGGCAGAGUCUGACCACAGAUUCUCAAGGAACACUGGCCUAUGGAGAUCUUCUCCAAGCACUCAGGGAUCUGCUGCAGGAUGAGCUAGAGGAGGCUGGCCUAGAUUCCAGUUCUGUGCUCUUCACUCAACAUGAAGUGGCCAAUUUACUGGAUACAUCUGCUUUUCACUCUCUGACUUUUGACUCUGUCAGCUCUAAUGACAACGAGGAACUGGAACAGUUGCAACUGGAAACGACAGAUCUACGGCAAGAAGUGCGAAGGCUGAAGUCUCUUCUGAAGGAGGUGGAGAACAGCAAGAAGUCAAUGGAGGAAGAACUUCAAAGACUGAACCAGAAGGCUCUGGGCUUCCUCUCUGAGAAUCGGACCCUGCACAGCAAGCUACAGAUGGCUGAGGUGGUGCAGCGACAGGCUCGCAGUGCGGAGCAGGACUACGAGGAAGUGAUCCACCUGCUGGAGACAGAAAUCACUGAGCUGAAAACUAAGCUGGCAGGGAAGAAAGCAAAGCAUGUCUCUGAAGCAGAGGGAGACAUUCUGGAGCUGAAAAAAAGAUUGUCCCUGGCUGAUGGUCAAUUACGGAAAUCUGAAGUCACACGGAAGCGCCUGGAAAUCUGCAACAGAAAGUUGUUCUUGUUUGUGCAGAAUGUACACAAGGUUCUGAGCAAAUCCAGCCAUUUACCAGAUGAGAAAAGAGAGAACAGUGAGACUUUGGAGGAUAAAACAGAAGUAGUGUCGGACACAUCUCUCCCAUCUUCAGAUCUGAUUGACUUAUUGAUAUCGGAAGCUAAAGAAUUAUUGGAGCCCAUCCAAUCGAACACAGAGGAAGCUUUGCCAUAUGACCAGGAUGAGUGCCUGACCAGUGGGGGACCCCCAAACUACAAGGACCACCUUCAUCAGAAAACCACGUGGCCCCCUCCU